AUGCCGACUUAUCUAUGCCACGGGUUUCGAUGGCAUCGCCGCGACAUCCGAAUUUUUGUCAUCCUCAACGACCUUGAAGACGCAGCACCAAACUGGGUUCUUGCGCCUGCAUCGUCUUAUUGUAUCCUCGACCAGCUACACGCGAAAUACGACUUCUUGCCUGAGCUCUCUCCACCAACAACGCCCACGCAAAAGAGCGUCAGCGCCAAAAAUGCCAAUAUCAAAAAGCAAUUCGAUCAUGUUGACGACGACCAUGCUCUCCCGACAUCACGUGUACCUGAUGCCGAAGAUGCCGUUCUCAUGCACUCAUGGUCACCGGUCAAAUUGCUGGAAGAGUUCGAUGUGGACGAAAUGGUGACGGCAUGCAGGCCAUAUGCUUAUGUGGCUGAUUAUGUGGUACGAGUCGACCUGAGCGUGGAUGUGGCAGGUCAGAUGGCCAAGUACUACGACAAAAUGGCGGGCGAGGAUGGAUGGAUCGUAAAAUUAAGGAAUGAGCUGCAGAAGGGUGAACCCGUGCGGUGGUAUGUCGUAGUCUGUGGUGACGAUGUGAGAGAAGUCCCAGGGAAGAGUGACGAAGAAGAAAAGGAGGUCGGCUAUGAGCAGGUAAGAGACGCGGCCCAAACUAUGGUGCGCAACCGACGAACAAAGGAUGCCUUGGAAGGAUUUUCUGAUUCCCCAUCCGAGUACGAUGAUGACAACAAUCGAGAUGAAGAUGGAGAGGAUGCUCUCACCGUCCUAGAUGGUAUUUUAGGGGGAACAGAUGGCGCUGCAACACCCCGGCCACUUUCGAGGACAUUGCCAGAUAUCGAUAUCCCGCUCCAGCCUCAACUCGACCCAAAUCGGGCUUCAGUUUUGACAAUAUCAACAGUUUGGUCCCAAGAUGGGUCACCCAACGGAACAGCAAGGCAGGAAACACCGGAUAUCGAUGCACCUCUCCAGCCUCAUGAACUCGGAAAGAAAAGGAGAUCUGUAUCUACAGCUUCAUCAGUAUGGUCUCGAAAGGAUUCUCCAGACAAUGGACUAGCACUGGGAACACCGGAUGUUGAAAUGCCGCUUCUCCACCCCGACAAUGCACGAUAUUCAGCUUCGACAGCAUCGGGGAUAUACUCUGCAUAUGGGCAAUCUAAAAUCGAACCAAAAGAGUUUGUCAAGGUGCAGUCAUCGGUGCAAAAUUCCAUAAGAGAAGAGAUACCGGGUGUAAAGCAACCGCUCAAACCAAACGAGCUUCAUCCGUCAAGAUCUUCAACGCCUCCAACGCCCAAACCUUUGCAACGGCAGCUGCCAGCUCCAACGAUAUACAGACCCGAAAGUUUUAUACCGCCUUUCUCGCCUGUUCUGCUACCUAUGGAGGGGUUUGACCAAGAAUCUCCGAGGCAAAAUACUCCUAGCAGAACAGAGGAUAUCAAGCCUCCAGAGACAUCUUGGCCAUUAUCAUCAGACUCACCACUUGAAUCCUCAGGAUCCAGUACAUUUCAUAAUCAAGAUAGUUCGUAUCCAUAUGUUGCAUCAAUCAUAAAUCCAAAGGACAGGCUAGGGGCCCAUCUGAACCUACCCAAAGAGCUUGUUCCUCCUCGAACACCGUCGCCAACAUCAGAGUAUUCACCACAACCCCAGAUUUUUGGAUCAAACAUGCCCAAGUUUGAGGGGAUAGUGUCACACGCUCCACCAUUGUUGGUGUCACCGAAUCCAGCACGCCUAGAACAACCAAGUUCUGGUGUAUUGUAUGAAGCUGGUGACACAAUUUCCGAGCAGCAGCUACCAUCAACACGAACGCCGGCUCAUCGAAAGACGACCAAUCCUGUCUUGAAAACACCUCCCAGAAAUCCAACAACACAGCAAACUACACAAAAACCACCGAGGUCUCGCUUACCGAGAAGUGUCCCCAAGAAUAUUCGAAUAUCCAAUGUACCACUACCGCCGGAACCAGAAAUAAAGACGCCUCGUCGCCCGCCUACGCCGCCAAAGCCUCGAGCUAUACAGGGGGGAAACUCGCAAAAAAGACCACAAACUGCGCCAGAAAAGGGGACGAUGUCGUCGAAAGCUCAUGCCAGAAUGUUAUCAAUGCCGUACCAGUAUGAGACACCCAGCUCUCUGCAAGAACUGGAAAGGGAAGAGCUGGUACUAGAGCCUACACCAUCUCUUGCUUCUGGCCACAACACGGGUGUUAGUUCAAAACCGAGCGCGCCACGAGAUUUAACACGUGGGGUGAGGUUACGUGCACCACAGCCAGUGGCCAACACGACGCAAAGUCCACAGACUAGUGUAUCUAUGGAGCAUAGUGAUGGUCAGGUAGAUGAAGACGGAAGACAUCCUAAACAACGAAUUGGUCGGAGCCAUUCAGUGGCUGAAGGGCUUAAGAAGCUGUUCAGGAAGCCGUCUCAUGCUAAGGCAGGCCAUCAUCAUUAA